AUGUCAUCGCCCAUUAAGCCUCCACCACCAGACAUUAGAAACACGCCAAGUUCACCUUUACCACCACCACCUUCGUCGUCGUCGUCUCCGUCGACUGCAACAGUACCCACCUCGUCGUCUCCUUCUUUACCUCAAACAUUACCACCUCCACGCUCAAUUACUUCCAAUACCAUGUCGCGUCCCACGUCGCAGCGAUUGCCUUCGCCUAAAUUGAGUGAGAUCCCAUUCCAAAGUACGGCUUCCAGUCAUUCGUCGAGUGCUUUGGCAACGUCAGGUCCAGCAUACAGCAGUCCUACGACUUUUUCAUCCACUCAAAACGUGCCUAGUCUACCAUCGCCGAGUGUUCUUACAGGUGCUUCUACUACAACGACAACUGAAGAAAGGAUGGCAAGUGGGAGUAAUAGUAGCAGUGCAGCAGUCCAUACAACACAACUUCCAUCGAUUGCACCCCCGCCCACAACACCACCUCCACCACCACGCAGCUCAGCUGUGUCAUCCAUUUCAACAUUGGUGGAAAAUCAUACACAGACUUCAGGAACAGCAAAUGCUAGUGACGGUGGCCCACGUCUUACUUCUCAACCAACAACAACUCGUCAACCAUCGCCAGCACCACCACCUCCACCACAACAACAACCUUCUCAAACGAAUAAUGAUAGCACCAAUUAUCGACCACUCAAUGUUCGUGACGCUUUGACUUACUUGGAUCAAGUCAAAGUCCAAUUCUCUGCCCGUCCGGACGUGUACAAUCAAUUUUUGGAUAUCAUGAAAGACUUCAAGAGUCAAGCGAUUGAUACACCUGGUGUGAUUGAACGAGUCUCCAUUCUUUUUAAUGGCCAUCCGGAAUUGAUUUCAGGUUUCAAUACGUUUCUACCUCCUGGUUAUCGUAUUGAAUGUUCCAUGGAUCCUAAUGAACCGGAUAUGAUCAAGGUGACAACACCAGCAGGAACCAUAUUGAAACGCACCAAUGCAGCAGCAGCAGCCACCAUGGGAAUGAUGGAUCCAAGACAACAACAUCCUCAUGAAAUGUUACAUCCAAUGCAAACAUCCCACCCUCAUCAUCAUCCUCAUCAUCCACCACCCCAUCCAGGUCAUUAUUAUCAAUCACCUUAUGGUCAUAUGCCAUCAGCAGCAGCUACACAUGGUCCACCUACAACCUCUGCACCUUCUACUACUACAACUACUACUACAGCUACUACAACUGCAUCUUCAGCAUCUACCAUUCCACCACCACCCUCAUCUCUAUCGCAUCCUCCUCCUCCUCCGCAUCAUCAUCAUCAUCAUCAUCCAUCUUAUAUACCUGGAUCCAGGAGACCAGGUCCGCCUUUACCUGCAGGAUCAGCCCCACCACCACAACCACCUUCUUCUUCUUCUUCAAUGCAUCCAUCUGAAGAUCAAUCCACCACAACCAAUGGAAACGCUGCACAUACUCGAAGAGCCCCUGUAGAAUUCAAUCAUGCCAUCAAUUACGUCAACAAGAUCAAGAAUCGUUUUGCGAAUGAACCUGAUACAUACAAGCAGUUUUUGGAGAUUUUGCAAACAUAUCAAAAAGAGAGGAAACCUAUUCAAGAGGUAUAUGCCCAUGUCCAAUAUCUUUUCAACAGAGCACCGGAUCUUUUGCAAGAAUUCAAACAAUUUUUACCUGAAAUCACGGGUCAACCUGCUCCCGAGUUAUUGGAUGAAUUGGAUGCGUAUUCAAUGGGCUCCAAACGUCCCUAUGGCAUGUCACAAGGUGGUGGAAUGUUAUCAGCUGGAAAAAAGAAACGAGGAGGGGGAAAACGAUCCAAGGGCCAAAGAGUGGAGGAAGAGAUCAUCGAAGGCUUCCCAGCAUCCUCGUACUAUGAUCCAAUUCGACCUACGGUGUCCAAUGACGACGUGGAACUUUUUGAUCAGAUCCGGAAGCACAUUGGCAACAAGCCUUCCUAUGAAGAAUUCCUCAAGUUGCUCAAUCUUUUCACCCAGCAAAUCAUUGAUAUUGAUGUCUUGUUGAAGCAGGCGGAAGGCUUUUUGGGAACGGAUAAGGAUCUUUUUGCUUGGUUCAAGAAUACAGUGGCAGUCGAUGUUAAAGAGCAGACCAUUGAUCAACCAUCCGCCAUUGUGCCCAAACCUGAUCUUAAUCAAUGCACCACCGUCGAUUCAAGCCCCAGUUAUCGACUUGUGUCACAAGAGUGGCAAAAUCAACCAUGCUCUGGACGUGAUCAAUUAUGCUGGGAAGUGCUCAAUGAUGAAUACGUCUCCCAUCCUAUCUGGGCAAGCGAGGAUAGUGGAUUUGUUGCAUCCAAAAAGAAUCAAUAUGAAGAAGCCAUGCAUCGUUGUGAGGAAGAAAGAUAUGAUUAUGAUCUCAAUAUUGAUGCCAAUUUGAAUGUCCUGGCGCUUCUUGAACCGAUUGCUGAGAAGCUGGAGACAAUGACCCCUGAGCAAAAGAGCGCUUUCCGAUUGGAGCCUGGUUUAGGUGGACAAUCUGUGACCAUUUAUGAACGCAUCAUCAAAAAGAUAUAUGAAGAGGACCGUGGCCUUGAAGUGAUCGACAUGUUAUACAGCAACCCUGCUCGUGUGGUGCCUAUUCUUCUUCGCCGACUUACACAAAAGGAUGAGGAAUGGAGGAAAGCCCAGCAUGAAUGUAACAAGACAUGGCGUGAGAUGGAUGCCAAGAACUUUUAUCGUUCUUUGGAUUAUCAAGGACAUUCAUUCAAGACCAAUGAUCGAAAGGCAAUGAGUGGCAAGGUGCUUGUGGCCGAGAUUGAGACGCUGCAUGAUGAAGCAACAUCGUCGUCAUCGUUGCAUGAUGAUAAGGAGAACAAGAAAUACCCGUUGCGAUUUUCAUUUGAUGAUGCUGGUGUAUUCAAGGACGUGACGCGAGUGAUUUUCUCUUAUAUUGAAAAGCAGAAUGGAUUCAACAGCAAUGAUCGCAGCAAGAUUCGAAUAUUCAUGCGUAUCUUUAUACCACUUUUCUUCCAUGUUGAGGAUACCGUACCUGAAGGCAUGGAUAUUGAGUCUGACAAUGACGAAGAGGAUGAUGAGGAUGCACAAUCCAUGAACACGGAAGAAUCGGAUGGGGAUGUUGUUGUCGGUCGAUCACCGCGGGAUCGGAGUCGAUCGCCUUCCAGAAACAGAAAACGCAGUGGUCGAUCACGCACAGACGACACGGAUGUAUCGGUGCAAUUGUUGCGUGAUGUUUUGACAAAAAACAGAAAAAAUACACCAGCAGCAGCGGAUGACAAUGAUCAUGAGAAUACGCCAUCAUUGGAUCAAACCAUCAAACGUGAAGACACAACAUCAGCGGACGAAUUUGAAUCGGUCACAAAUGGAGGUGGAGGAGGAGGAGGAGGAGGAGGAGCAGGAGAGCCAAUGACACGUUCACCUCAAGAAAUUGAACCUCCCAAUGGCACUCAAGGAGGCGAUCGUUUAUUCGCUGCUGCCACAGCUCCUGGUUCGGAAGGUCGUACCAUCUAUACGUUCUUUUGCAAUACGGCAUUCUAUAGCUUCUUUAGGCUGUAUCAGAUGAUGUAUGAACGUCUCGCCAAAAUGAAGCGACUGGAUGAAGAAAUGAGGAACAAUCCUGACAAGGGUAAAAAAAUGAAUGCCGUUGCUUUGGAACUUGGCCUCUACAGUAGUCGAUUUGAUGAUGUCAACAUAUCCAAUGGCUAUUACAAUGCACUGCUGGAUCUCAUUGAUCGAUUAUUUGAUGGCGAUCUUGACCAAAUCAUGUUUGAAGAGAAGGCACGAUACCUCUUUGCUACUGAAGCCUAUGUCCUCUUUACAAUUGACAAGUUGGUCCAUUCGAUCAUCAAGCAGAUGCAAGUGGUAACCAUGGAGGAGAAAUGUGUUGAAUUGGUGGAGCUUUUACGUAGCGAUCAAAGUCGGGAUACGACGAGUUCACAAACCAUAGCAAGCUAUCGACAACGGGCGGAACGAAUUGUGGAUGAUGAUGAAAAUUUAUACAGGAUCAACUUUAAUACGGAAACGCACAGGAUGACGAUCCAACUAUUAGAGCGAGAUGAUGAUGUACCUGAACAAGAAGAAGGCAAUCGUAUGGAUUGGACAAAUGAAACCCAAGCGACUACCGUCACUGAAUCCAAACGAGAAUAA